AAAAAGUUUGGGAGAACUUUAGACUAUAAUAAAUAGCUGAAAGUCCCACAGCUUCCAAAGACUGAGAAAAAUGUCAUCACCACUGGGUAUCUAUAAGAGAUGUGAGGAACCCGAUGAACAGGGGAAGCAGCCAAGCAAGAUACUUGAAACAGCAGGUAAUUUCCUGCCACAAUGCUGCCGAGGUGGUUCAGGAGUAUCCCUCCCAAUCAUUUCUCUUGUGACCAUUGCAUCAUUUUUGCUGUGGAUCAUCAUUGUUGCUGUAAUGGCAUCAAAAUAUUCUAAGAUUUCCAAGGAACUAGAAGAGCUGCGUUUGAAUCAAUCUUUGCUGACUAAAAAUGGUCUCAAAUCAGAGAAGCAGUUUCAGCAGUUCCAAUCCACCCAUGCUGCUCAAGAAUCAGUUCUAAAUAACAGCCUUAAAAAGCUGGAGAAUGAUCACAAUGACCUGAAAAAGAAUGUGAAUGAAAAGAUAAAAGAGAUAACGACUCAAAGUGGUGGAAAUGCGAAGACAGUCAUCGAUUUAAUCAAUGCAGUCUAUCAGAUUAAUGCUUCAGGCUGCCAGAUAUGUCCAAAAGGUUGGCUGUUGAACAGACAAAAAUGCUACUUUUUCAAGAUGGGGAGUGAAGCCUGGUCUCAAGCCGAGAAGAGAUGCGAGAGUUAUGGAAGCAAACUGGUCAUCAUUGAUGAUUGGGUUGAGCAGGAUUUUCUUAUGUCACAUAUAAAUGAAAAGACGUUCUGGAUUGGGCUAAGUGAUAUUAACAAUGAAAACAACUUUGUUUGGGUAGACAAUAAUUCUCCCUCAUUUACCCGCUGGCGUACAGGAGAACCCAAUAAUAGUGGACAUGGGCAAGACUGUGUAGUGAUGAGUUCUGAUGGCCUGUGGGAAGAUCGUCAAUGUGGGAAAAGUGUGGAUGGCUGGAUUUGUGAAAAGCCCUGGAAGUGCUAAUUGUAUCCAAUAAGAGCAAGACAUUCAGCAUUCCUAAUACAUGUGUAUUAUUUUGACCUUUGUUAUUUUUAUUGUCUUUUAUUAAUUUGCUGUAUUUUUCUUUACUGAGAACUAUCAAUAUAUGGUGCAGCAUAACUAUUUUAGUAAAUAAUAUAGUACAUAAUAUAUUAGGAAAAAAAUAUCCCCAAUCUUAUCUAUUAUAUAGAUUAUCAAAUUUCAGAAAUGAAUGAUAACCGACAAAAUUCAUUAAUUUUAAAUUGUAUCAUAAUGAGAAAAGGACCAUUAUUCUCAAGCUGCUUUGGGUUUUCCUUAGUACCUUAAAAUGAGAAUGAGAGCAGUUUACCUUCAGGUCUGCCUAUUGCUUUAUCAUUUGAAAUCAAUGAAGCAGGUUUGACAAUAGACGGCAAUGAUAGUAUUCUGUAACAAAUAUAAAAUUUCAGUGUUUUUGGUUUUAAUCUUUACUGCAAUAGUUCCACAAACAAGCCCCCCCCCCCCUUAUCCAAUAUGGAUUGGAAAGAGUGUUUCAAUUUCUCUGUUCUUUCUUGGAUCCCAGCUACAAAAAUAAUGGAUUAGGCAUUAAGAAUAGAUUGAAGGAAAGGAUUUUCAUAGAGCUUUUGACCAAAUCUAUUGGGCUGCUUAUUUUUUUUGGGUGAACAGAGAGUUCAGCCUAGAACAGGGGUGUCAAACUCAAGGCACGCGGAUCACAUCUGGCCUGCGAUGAAGUCAGGUCCAGCUUGUGCAGCCAUACUGGAAAUUGUAUGGGGCGGGCCCAUGUCGCUUCAGCCUGACCCACACCAUCCUGGCAGGCAGGCAUGCGCAGAGGAGGUGCCAGCUGCCCAUGCGCGCAGGCUUAAUUCUCUGCCGCUGCAUGCAGGCCAACAAAAGUAGUCUGUGGGUCUAUAGUAAAUAAAAUAGUUCAGACCUUCCAGCUUCGUGAGACCUUUUUUUUUUUUUGGUGAGAAGUUGGAAGGUUUGAACUAUUUUGUAGCCCCACAGACUAUUUUCUUGUCCUGCACGCGGUGGCAGUGAAUGAAACUGGAAAGCAGGUUAGUGAAGAGAUGCGGCUGCCCUGGGAGGAGUGUGUGUGUGUGUGUGUGAAGGUUUGGCAUAAGUGGCCUGGCUGAAGGUCCCUUAGGUAUGCUGGUGUGGGGCAGGCAGGGCAGCUGCACAGCCCCUGCCUUGCUUCGUCCUUCCCCACACUCCACUGCCUCGCUAUGUUCUUCUUCGUUCUUUGCCACUUGCUCGCUGCUGUAAUGGAUGUCAUUUACCGCCCUCAACGCCCAUCGCUCAUCAUCCUGCUCCGUUAUGGUGGCAAGCAACCAGAAGAAGCGGCGAAGAACGAAGAUGAACAAAUCGAGGGAUGGAGGACAAAGCAGUGCAGGCCAUCAUGGAGAGCAUGGCUGGUGCUGCCGCCAUGAGGUGGGGACUUGGUACAGAAUAAUUCAUGACAUUGAAAAUGCUUGAGAAGUUGAAGGCAUUAACACUGCAGUUUUGGAUUCAAAUUGGUGCGGAACUUUUUUUAUCUGUAAUGUGUAAAUCUACACAAUAAUAAAAUUUAAGAAAA